AUGCAACGCUGCCACAAUGUGACACUGCAGCGCUUACGUGCAGAGAAAUGAGACUCCUGCAACCUCCCGAGGGGAAAUUCUUCAGGUCUCUCUGCUGCCCGUGACUCAUUCUCAGUUCAUCCUGCGCUGCAAGUUGCUGGGAUCCGUGCUCCUUGUUUAUUUUCAGACGGAGUGGUCAUAACAACACCGUCACGAGAAGAAAUUAAAAAUAACAUCUUGCAGGUUGCUGAAGACGAGAGGUUAGCACAACAGCAGGCGAGCCUGGACACUUGUGCCCCGGUGCGAGUCCGUCUUUAAGCUGCGGGCUGGCCGGCUGACUCACUCCACUUCCUGGUUGCGUCGGAGCUUGAGAGCAACAUCUGGUGUGGGGACACGGGGUACAAUCACGGCAGCUGCAGCCUCAGCCGGCGGCUUCUCGGCAAGAGCGGGUGCCCUCACAACUUGGGGUUCGGUCACCGUGUGAAGGAAAGUGGCCCCGAACGGCACCCAUGGCGACCGUAACGUGCAGGGUGCAGUAUCUGGACGACGUGGACCCGUUCGUCUGCACCAACUUCCCCGAGCCCAGGAGACCGCCGGUUUACAACCUGUACGAAACCAUCCCCCUCAUCGCCCAAGUGGCGGGAGUUCACAAGCUGCUGGAUGCCCCGCUCAAGUUGGAAGACUGUGCACUGCAGAUAGGUCCGAAUGGAAAUUACUUGGAUCUGGAGCUGUCACUGGAUGAACAGAGAGAUGACCUUGAAGGAUUUUUUGAAGAAGUUGGCAAAGGGAGACGUCCUACCCUAAUCCUCCGGACACAGCUGUCUAUACGAGUUCAUGCCAUUAUAGAAAAGCUGUACAACUCAACAGGCCCUGAUUUAAGAAGAUCACUUUUCUCUUUGAAACAGCUAUUUCAGGAUGACAAAGAUCUGGUGCCUGAGUUUGUCAAUGCUGAAGGACUGACAUGCCUGAUCAAAGUGGGAGCAGAGGCAGACCAGAACUACCAGAACUACAUCUUAAGAGCUCUGAGCCAGAUUAUGCUGUUUGUGGAUGGGAUGAAUGGAGUUAUUAACCAUAAUGAGACUGUCCAGUGGCUGUACACUCUCACAGGGAGCAUGCACCGUUUGGUGGUGAAGACUGCUCUGAAACUCUUGUUGGUGUUUGUAGAAUAUACAGAGAGCAACGUGGCUCUUCUGAUCCAAGCUGUCAACAUUGUGGACGAUAAAAGAUGCACAAAGAAAUGGACAAGUUUAGUUGAAAUUUUGGAGGAGAAGAAUGGAGCUGAUUCCGAGCUGCUUGUUUUCACUAUGACACUUAUUAACAAGACCUUAGGAGCUCUUCCAGACCAGGAUUCAUUCUACGAUGUUACUGAUUGUCUUGAGCAACAGGGAAUGGAAAACAUCAUCCAAAGGCACAUGAGUAAUAAAGGAACUGACCCAGACUUAAAGCAGCAGUUUACCAUUUAUGAGAAUGCACUGAAGCAUGAGGAUGGUGAAGAUGAUGGGCACACACCAAAUGCACGAAGGGACAGAAGAAAGCUGACCCCAAAUGGGGAUGAUGGACGAAAAAACAGACGAUCUUCAGGACAAAAUAUGGCUGAGCUGUCACCAACCAGGCCAGCACAGGCUGCUCCUCACAAACUAACCCCUGAAGGAAUGAGCCCCUGCAGUCCCACAACACAGGACAUUAAGACUUCAAAGGUGAUUUCUAUCCAUCCAGAGCAACCUGAUGACCAAACACAAUCUACAAUAACUUCAACCGUACCUGCAACCCCUGCAAGAGACCUAAACUCACCAUCUGUAAACCAAGUGAAAACUUCAACACAGCCUGCUGUUCAAAAUCUAUAUUCGUCGUUUAGUAAGCCAGAUCUGCUGAGCACAUCUUCAGAAAAGAAAACCAUGAAAGCAGGCCCUGGAGAAAGAAGUAUUUUCAAGGCUGAGAGGAUUCCUAUUAGGGAUAAACCAGUUCUGAAAAAGUAUGAAAAUCGCUUUUUAGAAAAUCUUGUUGCAUCGCAAAAAGAGAGGGAUGUGAACAAGUCAUCUUUAUCUCAUGUGAUGUCCACGGUUAGAACCCCUGAUGCAAUUGAGGCACUAAGUGAAAAGGAACAACAGAAUGAAGCGUUAAAUGAAAGAGAACCAUGUUCAGCCUCCAGCAGCUCUUCGACCAGCAGUACGUUGGAGAGGGAAGAGAGAGAAGACAGACAGGGGGGCGAUAAUGAGACAGCAGGUCGGUGCCUUAUCCGCCAGUCCAGUUUGGAUCAGUGCAGUGCUAUCUCCAGUGACAAGAAGUUCAUGCUGGACAUGUUGUAUGCAAAAACCAAGGCCAGCAACUUGCAAGUAACCCAGGAGGAGGUCUCUACUGCAGGUGAGAAGAAAUUUGCAGAAGAGGCUUCGAUGGAAUCUACUGAGAGCUUGAUCAAACGCUUUUCCAAGCAGGACAUCCAUCAAAAUGAAGAAAGUCAAAAGAAGCCUGCAAUUGAAAGCAUCCCUGGGAAUGUAAAAGCCACUUUAGAGAAACUUGCUGAACCUCAGAUCAAGGCUUUGAAGGAACAGUUGAGUAUUGAGGCCGAACUGAAUGAGAAGAAUAUAGAGAAAACUCCUAUAAUUAUGCCAUUGAAGAAAGACUCUGAAUACAUGUGGGAUCAACUUGAAUCAAGUCCAAGAGAGCUGAAGAUCAAAGAUUUAGACUUCACAGAUCUCCAAGAUGAGGAGGACAUAGAUGUUUUGGAUGCAGACUCUGGUGUGGCCGAUAAACUAGCUGUUCCAUCACCUGGUAGUUCAGUGGUUCCACCUGUACCACCUCCUCCUCCUCCUCCUCCUCCACCACCUGGGUGUCCACCACCUCCUCCACCACCACCACCACCACCACCACCACCAUCUUUUGGACAAGUUCCCAGCCCUCCUCUCCCUCCCCCACCUCCACCUUCUAAUUUAUCAUCACCCCAAGGAGCAGACUCUGCAUUUACAAAGAAGAGAAAAACUGUUAAGCUCUUCUGGAAGGAACUAAAACAACCAGAAGGCCCUUUCAGGAGCUGUAAAUUUGGCCGGGGAACAGUCUGGGCUUCCUUAGAUAAAGUGACUGUGGACACUACUAAAUUAGAACACUUGUUUGAAUCUAAAGCAAAGGAACUACCUACAAAGAAAGGAGGGGAUGCCAAGAAGCAAGGGUUAAUCAUACUGGAUCCAAAGAGAAGUAAUGCAAUUAACAUCGGUCUUACAGUGUUGCCUCCAGUGCACAUCAUCAAAAAUGCCAUUCUCAACUUUGAUGAAUAUGCAAUCAACAAAGAAGGCAUUGAGAAAAUUUUGACCAUGGUUCCCACUGAAGAAGAGAAGCAGAAGAUCCAAGAAGCUCAGUUGGCAAAUCCUGAUGUUCCCCUGGGUACAGCUGAGCAAUUCCUCUUAACCUUGUCCUCCAUCAAUGGGAUCAAGGCCAGGCUGCAGCUCUGGGCUUUUAAACUAGACUACGAGGUCAUGGAAAAGGAAAUAGCUGAACCAUUGUUUGACUUGAAGCUUGGAAUGGAGCAGCUUGCGAAGAAUAAAACCUUUAAAUCGCUUUUGGCAACUCUGCUUGCUAUUGGAAAUUUUCUGAAUAACUCUAGUGCCAAAGGAUUUGAACUGAGUUAUUUGGAGAAAGUGUCUGAAGUGAAAGAUACUAUCCAGAGGCAAUCUUUGCUGUACCAUACAUGUAACCUGGUAGUGGAGAACUUCCCAGACACAACAGAUGUAUAUUCAGAAAUUGCAGCGAUUGCAAGAUCUGCCAAGGUUGACUUUGACCAACUGGCAGAAAGUCUUGUUCAGCUGGAGAAGAAAUGCAAAGCUUCGUGGGAUCACUUGAAAGUUAUAGCUAAACAUGAAACAAAGCCUGUUUUAAAAAAUAAGAUGACAGAAUUUCUAAAGGACAGCACAGAAAGGAUUAUAAUCCUCAAAGUGGUACAUCGUAGAAUUAUAAACAGGUUCCAUUCUUUUCUUUUGUACCUCGGUCAUCCUUCAAACUCUGCCCGGGAGCUGAAGAUUACCAGGUUCUGUAAAAUAAUUAGUGAAUUUGCACUAGAAUAUCGGACCACACGAGAACGGGUGCUGCAGCAGAAGCAGAAACGAGCUGCUUACCGGGAGAGGAACAAGACACGGGGCAAAAUGAUCACAGAGACGGCAAAAUUCUCCACUGCGGCCGGCAGUACUGAGAGCACCCAAGCACCUGACGUGUCUGAUCACCAGCCACAGGCAGAUGAAGCACACGAAAACAUGAAAAAUGUUUUGACCACACCCGAGCCACAGACUCGAAGGAGCAAAAGCAACAGAUCUGUUGGAAGACUCAGCCCACCAAAUCUCUCCACCCCUAAAGAUGAAGCAGCAAGUCCAGCUGAUGAUGCUACUGAUGAAAUCAUGGACCUCCUGGUAAAAUCUGUCACACAGAAUCCUGAUCAGAGGCCAUCUACUCCCAAGGAACGCAAAAGAUCAAGAGCAAACAGGAAAUCCUUGCGAAGAACCCUGAAGAGUGGCUUGACCCCUGAUGUAGUCCAAGCAUUGGGUUUGUCUAAAGCACCAGAAGUAGAAGUAUAAAACGACUUGAAUACAGAUGAAACACAAUUUGGUGCCUUAGCAUUCAGACAUCUAAGCUAACUGUGCAAAAUAUACAGAAAACAUGUUUGUAUUGCUCAGAUUUGUGGCAAGCUCUAGAACUUUACAAAUACCCUUAAUUGUUAUGGGCCUGGGCCUUAUCUUCACAUAUUGUUGGAUGGAAUCCUGUAUUGAACAUAAAUCAUUUGCAUAGGGUUCACUAAAGUUGAUAGUCCAACUCAUUCUAGGUAAUGGCUUUGGAGGGCAAAUAGAAGUUCAACCAAAGCGGUCAUAAAUGUCCCUUCUCCAGUUGAGCUCCAGAAGAUAUUUUCUGCCUAGAUUAUAAGCAUUCAAUCAAAAGCCUGCAUUUAUAUUCUUCCCCAAAAAUCUUUAUCCAGUACUUUCUUGAAGGCAGUGAUUCUUGCUGGGGUCCAAUCCUCUGGGUAUUGUUCGCCUUCCAGCUUACAUGUGUGAGCUUGGAUAGUAGUGGUAGCAAGCAAUUAGGAGAUGAAGGGCAUCCCAACUCAACCUGAUCCUGUCCCCAACCAACGUGCACCUAUGCACUUCCAGAGGAAACUCAAUACAAGGGAAUCUUUCAUGCAAGCACUGGCUUAUCAACACAAGACAUUAAGAGCCCACCCUUCUGCAGUAAUUAACAAACUGACUGUGGACCAGGGAUUGAAUUUGCGGCCUCCUAGGUAUAUAUGGCUCGCCCACAUGUGUUUUAACUCUUUGAGCCAACGGGGUUUGCCACUAAACUUUAAAUACUAUGGAGAUUUUAUUAGCUUUGGGUUAAAUAGAACAUUUAUGUCUAUAACCAUAUGUUUUAAAUUUGUAAAAUUGCUGGUUUUUAACCAUGUUGUAAAAAUAUUUUGAACUGACAGGGUGGAGAAUUGAAGUGAAUAAUAAUGAAUUACUACAUUGUAGUUUAAAAAAAAAGGAUAAAGUCUUGUUCAGUUGUUAAGAUAACAAUAAAAGUGUAUUUGGAGUUGUCUUUAUGUAGCAUGAUAAAAAUCUGUUAGCAGAUAUGCACAGAGCAUACUCUGUGUUAUCCAUAUUAUGGAUAUAAAUUUGCACUUGGAUGUCACCUUUAUCUUUUGGCAGUAUUAAGAUCACACUUUAAAAACCACUAAUUGACAGCUCAAUAAAUAUAUUAGUAGCAGGAUAAUCCUGACUGCAGUGUAUAAUGCUCCAAAUGCACCUUCCCUGAGUGUUUUGCAAGCUGACUUAAGCAAAUAUGCAGAUUUAAGCAAUAUACUCGCUGUUACAAAUGCAUACCAUUCUAAUUUUUUUUAGUAAAAAAAAGGUCAACGGUCCAUUAGGAUUGUGUGAUGUAUUUUGAUAAACUUUAUUUUUAUCUAUGAAAUAUUGUUUUUGAAUGUUUGUAUAAGUAUUAUUGGAGCAAUUAAAUGUUUCACAUUUUUCUCGUGA